GGGAGACGGGGUUGGAAGCUUCAGAGCCAGGAGCGGGAUGUGGAGAGGGGGAAGAAGACAAGCGGAGGUAGGAGUUACCCGGACGCAAAAUGGGUUCGGUAGGAGUGAUCUGAACGCAAGAAUUUGAUGGUGCACCAAGGCCUUCCAGAUCAAAACCACCCCCCGUCGGUCCUCGCCACUUACUGGUAGUACAUCUGUUCCGUCUUUCGCCGAACACGCCUCGCGCGCCGAAGCACGCUACCUGGAACUGGAAGGUGUUCUUCCUCCUCCGCUCUACUGUGCUCCCGUGGCGCGGAGAUCCAACCGGAGCUGGACCGACUCCUUUUGCCGAACCAGUGUGCUAGCUACUGAAGCGGCCAUGGAAGUGGUUUCUUCCAGUCACUCUUGCUUGGCAUUUCAUCAAACACCUACCAGUGCUCGGAGGUCUCUGGGCACUGGUCUUGGUCUGCGGCAUACCAAGUUUGCUCGGCCAAGAAAAAGCGCAGUUCUCUGUGUUGGGAGAGCUUCAAAUCCUGGUGAUUCAGGAAAGCUGCAUGUCAGCCGCAGCUUCGAUGUAAGCGAUGUCGAUGCUGCCCUCCAGGGCAUCUCCAAGAAGGUAGGCCAGAUCGAGAAAGUGUCCAUUCCUGGUCUGCCAGAAGGGCCAGACAGUUCUCAAAUCAGCACUGGUUUGUGGGAGUGGAAGCCGAAGCUGACGGUAUACUACGAGAAGUCUGGCACCAAGAAUAGCAAGGCGCCAGCAGUGCUUUUUCUACCAGGUUUUGGGGUGGGCACGUUCCAUUUUGAGAAGCAAUUGAUGGAUCUUGGCCGUGAUUACAAGGUGUGGACGAUGGAUUUUCUGGGACAGGGAAUGUCAUUGGCGUGUGAAGAUCCCGCUCCUAAGGCCAUGGCGGAGGAGGAUGAGGAAUCAUAUUGGGGUUUUGGACAAGAUUCACAACCAUGGGCAGAUGAAUUGGUGUACUCUGUAGACUUGUGGCGUGACCAGGUCCAGCACUUCAUUGAAGAGGUUAUCGGUGAGCCAGUUUAUAUCGUGGGAAACUCUCUUGGAGGUUUUGUUGCUCUAUAUUUAGCUGCAUCCAGCCCACACCUUGUAAAGGGGGUCACAUUGCUUAACGCAACGCCAUUUUGGGGUUUCCUUCCCAAUCCUGCAAGAUCUCCUCGUUUGUCAAAGAUUUUUCCAUGGGCUGGGACAUUUCCUCUUCCAUCAGUUGUGAGGAAACUUACUGAAACAGUGUGGCAGAAGAUAAGCGACCCAAGAAGUAUACAGAAGAUACUCAGGCAAGUAUAUGCUGACCACUCAACAAAUGUUGACAAGGUGUUCUCGCGUAUUAUAGAGACAACAGAACACCCGGCAGCUGCUGCAUCAUUUGCCUCCAUUAUGUUUGCUCCAAUGGGCCAGAUAUCCUUUCAGGAGGCACUGUCUAGGUGCCAAAGGCAGGACAUUCCCAUUUCCCUUAUGUAUGGGAAAGAAGACCCGUGGGUUACACCUUAUUGGGGUAUCAGAGUCAAGCAACAGGUGCCAGAAGCACCCUAUUAUGAAAUUAGCCCUGCCGGUCACUGUCCUCACGACGAGGUUCCUGAGGUUAUAAACUAUUUGCUCCGAGGAUGGCUUAAGAAUGUGGAGUCUGAGGGUUCAGUUGACCUCCCAUUUCUUGAAGAUUCCAGCUUUCAAGAACAUGGUGUGUCGAAGGAGCUGGAGUUUGUCAGGACAGGGUCCAAGAAAUCAGUUAGUGUGCGGCUCUUCGGUUCCCAAAUUUCCCUGUGGAGCCAACUGAGCUCAUUCUUGAAGCGGCAUGCCUCCAACAUAAGGGUAGUGUCCAGAUGAUUCGUCCGUAGUUCGUUAGAUAGUAGAAGCUUCAAUUGUAUAUUGUAUUCAUUAUUCUUUAUGUAAAGUAGUCAGGUUGAUGCCUAGAUGUACGAAAUAGAGACAAGUUCAAAUAUUUUAGUGAAUGUGAAUAUGUGUAGUACAGAGUUAGCAUUGGGCGUCAAACAUCUGUCGUGGUUGUAUUCAUAGGAAUUCAAGAUCACAUAUUUUCCUGCUCGGUGAAUACCUGUAAAGUUUGAGGUAAGCAACAGUUUUAUCACCGAACAGUAACUGCAACAACAUUUUCCUGCUCCA